GUCAAAUUGGUCAAGCUAAUACGUUUCCAGCCUGAUCUCGCCAGCCAUUGGUGCCCAAGGCCAGACGAAGCUGGAGGUUCAAAAGGACGCAGACGAAAACUGGACAUGAUAGAGGCAGAGGAAAUUUAAAUGCUCUUUCAGAGCUGAAGAAGAAACUUGGAUGCAGGAAAGAGAAGAGAGAUACACACCAGUCCACGCUAUCAUUUGCAAGUCAGCCAUUACAAUUUAACUUCGAUCCAGUCGUUAGAGAUAGAAGCUGGCUUGUUGUGGAGCAACUCAGAGUGUUUUGUCUUCCAGCAGGAGUACUCCCGACAUGCUGACGUGUGCACUGAUGAGAUAAAGCUUUCAUGAUAAUAGUCUUGAUGACUGAGUACCCAAAGAACUAGAACCUUGUCUUCAGGGUUUCCCAUCUGGCAGGACCACGACCUCUCAACAGAUAUGAAGAGUGCCUCAUGCACAGAUCUCAUGUGGUGAUGGGGUGCAGAAGCUUUAACUAAACCAAGUUUUCCUGAAAUCAUUUGCCAUCUGUCAAAACUAGCCAGUCGCAGACUUCUGACUUUCUGACUUCAGGAAAACAUGGCUAAGUCCGGAAACACCAUUCUCUUCUUCUGCCUCUUCACCGUGCUCGUGGCCCUGUGUGGCUUUCAUCAGAGCCACGACUGGGCUGUGCCAUGGAAACAUUUAGCCAGAGAUGUACAUGUUUCCAUGGCAACACUAUAUUUCGUUGUUUCUUUGACUGAAAAUCUGCCUAAUUCGUACGGUUUCAUUCUCCGUGUAUUUCCAUCCUUUGGCGCUUCAGCGUCGAGCGUUCCUGUACAUGGACAUUCCAGACAAAUGCCGAAGCUUGCACUCAAUGGAGAAGACUUUCCCGGGUCCUUGUCAUCUACCACGUUUCAUUUUCUGAAUAAGAAACAAGAAGGAAACAUUGCCUCACACAUACAUUCUUCUAUGGCAAAGCAAGAGAUAAAUCCAAGAGUAGCAGCGGCUAUUCCUGAGAAUGAAUUAUCUUUAAAGAAAGGUAAACUGAGAAAGAAUUUAAAGGAUACACUCACUCACAACACAGAGGAGAUGUUUAAGAUCUUUGCUAUUAAACAGCAAACAAGAAGAGAAGGAGGGGAGAAAGACUUGAAAAACAAGAAUCUGCUAGAGAAAUAUUUGUGGCUCUUUGUUACACUCUGCACGGUUUUGCUACUGACGUUUAGAAUGUUUGAUAGAGAUGCCCCGCCCACAAACUCAAAGGUCCUGUCAAACUUAGGUCGAGAAGAUUUAUUAGUUGAAUUAAGCUCCGAGUCUCGACUUGCCCUGGGUGUCAAGGACUGGAGGAGCACUGACUCUGCGUUAUGGAGAUUCCUGCUGUCACCUUUCGAGAGAUUAUGUUGUGACCUCGAGUCUCUUCUACGCCUGAGCCAUAACUUCCUGCCAGCCACCCAGACUUUGAGGGUGGCACCCGCUUCACAGUUCCUCCCGACUGUCCUGGGGAACGAGGGUAACCGCUUCCAAUACAUUGGUUAUCGCCUCGCCUCUCUAGCUGCUCUCCCCUCGGGGUGUCCCAUCUCGCCCCUGCGGCUGGCCGAAGGGGGCUACCACUACAACCCCGACAUCAACAAGAGCGCAGUCAUCUGCCACGAAUGUGGGGCUACCUACAGCUGGGGGUCGCCCUCGGCAACGAGGAUUUCUCCCUUGCUGUACCACCAGACCUUGUCGCCCACCUGCAGUGUUGUCCAGUCCCGGUCGGGGAUCCAGACGAGCACCUCUACAGGGAUGCUGACUACUGUUGCUGGGCAGCUGCAGAGACAGCUGUCAGAUGAUGUCCAGACAGACGGAGCUGCAGAAGCACCGCCUGCAGCACGCGCUGCCAGCAUCACGAGGAGUGGAGCAGACGAGCAGAGAACAUCACACAUGGCGGCGGUCACAGACUGUCCUGAUGGAUACACGCUGGCACUGCCCAACACCUCAGAGGACGUUCAGAGCAGCGCCGGGGCAAUGGCGGUGUCGUCUGCAUCUGCAAGUUCUGGAAGCGGUGAGAAGGUCCUCCUGGACCUCAACAGUGCUGUGUACCCUCUCUACAGCUCUCUCCAGUCUCGGCUAACCACCUUUUCGAAAUGGCCUGCUGCUAAUUUUCGUCCACCGGAGGUCUUGGCGCCUAUGGGCUUCUUCUACGCUGGGUACGCAGACUGCGUGAGGUGCUUCUACUGCGGGAUCGGCCUCAAGACGUGGGAGGAAAACGAUGACCCGGAGGAGGAGCACAUCAGAUGGCGGCCCAACUGUCAGUUCGUCCUGGCCACCAAAGGGAAAAGAUUUGUUGACAACACUCUGGCCAGACUCAACAGAAGGAUGAACCCGGAUGACGAAGUCCCAGAUACACCUAACCCCGCACGUGACUCACAGCGCGGUGCGCCACCUAGCGGAGAGAACCUGACGAGAGAAGGGGGAAGCAACCGGAGUACAACGCUUUCCAGCGACGACCGCCAGCAGCUGCUGCAGAUGGGCUUCAGCGCCGACAUGAUCCGCUCCGCCCAGGAGAACCUACUGAGGGCUGGUCAAACAUUAAACAUCGACAAUAUUCUGGGUUUUCUUGUUCCCUAGAAUACCUUAAAACCUGUUUUGGAACCAAGCAGAAAAAAAGAGGCGAGUUUCCAGGAGCUGAUGUGUAAAAAUCUGUAAACAGUUUGCCAUGUUACUAGAGAUUCUUGUCCUUCGGCUACCUUGCUUGAUUCUGACAAUUCUGCCAAAAAACGAGCCCUGACAAGCUGUGAAGAGACAUUUACUUAGGUCCUAAACGUAGGUUUUGCUUCAAUGUUUGUCUCCUAUCAACAAGCCUGGUAAACCUUUAAGUGUCUACACUGUACAGCCAUUGAGACAGGAGAUUAGAUAAACAGAGGCUCGGUAAUUUUGGUUUUAGUUUGCUGGAUCAGCAAGUUUCAGAACCUGCAAUCUGAAGAACUCGCCCUUUAACCUUUCACCUUGAGUGGUGAUAACAUCCACUGAUUGCUGAUUGUCACUCCAUCUACCGUAACACGACAUGCAUAGUCAUGCUCUGAAUCUUAAUCCAGAGUUACUCUUAAUCCAGAGUUACUCAUAAGCCAGCUAGCUCCAGCUGUCGUCAGUAAAGUACAGCCAGAAGGUGAUGGCGGUUAGAGAAACGACAACUGGCGACUACACUGACGUCAUUUCCUGUGUCACCGCAUGAGGAUAGCUUCACGAUUGAUAAUUUGCUUUCACAUGCUCUGUACCUGACACAGCCUGACUAUCCAGCGUGCAACCUGUAUAUUUUGUGAUUUAUAAAGAGAGGUGUUUGCAGUGGCCUUUACUUUCAUUGCUUUGUGCGGAACCCAGAGAAUUGAUGUUGAUUUGAUACUUCCAUUUUGUUUUCUUAAAGGUGUUCUUUGAGUUACCAAGAACUUCACAGAGAACACCUGUAAAAGUUCAUGGCAUACAUACCCCAAUUAUACGGGACAACAGCAAGGUUUUAUGGAUUAUUAUUUAAUUAUAAGAGUGAAUAUUUUUAUUCUAAUGUGCAUAUUUUUUGCAUUUUAAAAGUUUUUAAAUAAUGCUUAGUUUAGAACGGGAAAUCUUAUGUUGGUAUAUAGACAAACCCGUGCCUGCUUAAUGAGUUUGUUUUAAUUAUUAGCUAUUUUAAUUAUUAAAUGUAUAUAAUUACUAUACAUUGUCAGUGUUAUUGUGUUUUAACAAUGAAAAUAAAUGUAAUAAAUUUCUUUAAUGAGUAA